AUGAUUUCGGUGAUGCAGCAUAUGAUGAACAAUCCCAACGUGCCGUUCGUGAAGACUUCCGACUCGCCGCACGCGUCCCCCUCGGACUUUAUCAAACAGUCGGAUUCACCACCAACGACGUCUUCAACUGCGGCGCCACCCUCGAUGCAACCGUGCUUCUGGCCAAGUGUCGCACAACUUCAGCAAUCGGCGUCAGGGUCUUCUGGAGCGUCAAGUGGCGCGAGUAGCUCCGCGUCGAACAACCGACCGGCACAAGCAGAUAAUCAUUCGGAGAGAGGGUCCGAGACUGCGUCUAGUCCGCAACUUCCACUCCCAACGAGCAGUGGAAUGUCUAUGCCUGCUGCGGCAGCCGCCGGCAUGUACCCAUUCAACGGCGGUCGAUUCCCUACUGCAAACGAAUUCGGAAUGAUGGUCAACCAGUCGAUGUACUCAGAUUUCUAUCAGAACAGUCUAGCCGCGUCAGGCUGGGGGUACCCCUACGGACAACAGUACCCAUUCGCACCGAACUACCAAAUGCCAAGCUUAGAUGGAAGUUUGAAUGAUGGUACGCACCUCGAAUGGACAUCCUCCUCGCACACGUCGAGGAAAAAGAGGAAGCCGUACACCAAAGCGCAGACGUUGGAGCUUGAGAAAGAGUUUCUGUAUAACACAUAUGUUAGCAAACAGAAACGAUGGGAACUCGCAAAGUAUCUGCAUUUGACUGAGAGACAAGUGAAGAUUUGGUUUCAGAACCGCCGAAUGAAAGACAAGAAACAGAAACAGCGAUCCUCCGGCGACCCAACCGGAAUGUUAAUGCCUUCCGGUCUAGACUAA